GACUGGAAGUGUAUCUUUGCAUAUCGAGAACGGCUACCAGAAUGGUGUGGGUGAAAGCAUGGGGCAUUACGAUAUCUCAUUAUGAACUGCUUGAAACUAUGGCGAAAUACCAAAUUCAGACUGGUAGAUUAGCGCAUCACCUAUUCUGUCUCAGGUCCCAUUAUCUUCUCUCCAUGCUACCAAAAUCGUGCUUAAGAACAACGCACAAGUUUGCAGGUAAUCUGUUUGAGGUAGGUAAAUACGUCACUGCAAGCAUCUCGAAUCGACCCAGGUUGCUUCAUAAGAUCUCAGUUAUGGCUCAUGAUGGUUGUAUUGAGAAUGGAGAAUACAACAAUCAAUCAAAUUCAAUUCCAUCAGAUCAAGACGAUGAUUGCAUUGUUUCUAUAGCAUGUAAAAAAUUUCCAUCCAUCAUUUUGGGAAGUUCUCCUCCUGUUGAAUUAUUUGAUGGCUCUUCAUGCUAUUCAGAUAUUGCAAGUCUUUUAGCAGCUAAAAGCGGUGAGAACUUCCUUUUGAAUUCAACUUGUGAAGAGUUGGUACAAGAUAGUCUGGAUGGAACCCUGUCUUCUCUGUAUUCUGUCCUUCCAGAUGUAGGAAAUUCUUCAGUAAGUGAAGAAUAUAAUUUAAAUGCUGGUUCAUCUCUUUUGCCUAUGAAUAUUGAGACUGGAACCAUAUUGAGUAAUUCGGUUGUGGAAGGAGAUUCGUCAAAAACGGAGUUAAAAUCUCAAAAUAAUGCAGUAUCUAGCAGGUCAUUUCUUGACCAACCAGUUGGUUGCAUUUCUGGAUUAAGUAAGAGGCACCAGCGCCAACUUGAUGAUAGUGGCUUUCACACAUUAGGGAAAUUACUUCAUCAUUUUCCUCGGACCUAUGCCGAUUUACGGAAUCCACAGGUUAAAAUUGACGAUGGACAAUACUUGAUAUUUAUAGGGAAAGUCUUGUCAUCAAGGGGAAUCAGAGCUAGUUACUCCUUUUCAUUUCUUGAGGUGGUUGUGGGCUGUGAAAUUGCUGAAAGAGAAUCAAAUUCUGGUUGUAUGACUAAUGAUAAUACUGGUGGAAAGAAGAUAAUUUAUUUGCACUUGAAGAAAUUCUUUCGUGGUAGUCGGUUUACUUUCCAGCCUUUUCUAAGAAGUCUUGGAGAGAAGCAUAAAGAGGGAGAGAUUGUUUGUGUAAGUGGUAAGGUAAGGACCAUGCAAUCUGAAGAUCACUAUGAGAUGAGAGAAUAUAUCAUUGACGUUCUUCAAGACAAAAAGGAUGUGUCAUUUUACGCCAAAGAGAGGCCAUAUCCUAUAUACCCUUCUAAAAAGGGAUUAAAACCAACAUUUCUUAGAGAUAUUAUCACCAGAGGCAUAGAUGCAUUGCCUAACAAUGUAGAUCCCAUUCCAGAAGACAUAACUCAGGACUUUGGGCUGUUACGUCUUUAUGAUCAGGCAUAUAUUGGGAUUCAUCAGCCAAAGAGUAUAAAGGAAGCUGAUUUGGCUCGCAAACGUUUUAUGUUUGACGAGUUUUUUUACCUUCAGUUGGCACGCUUGUUCCAAAUGCUUGAAGGUCUCGGGACAAGAAUAGAGAAAGAUCGUUUGCUGGACAAGUAUCGUAAACCUCAUUUAAAUGCUGCAUAUAUGAAGGAAUGGGCUCCUCUCACUCAAGAGUUCCUUAAAGUCCUUCCAUACUCCCUUACAGAGAGUCAGAUGAAAGCUGUUACAGAAAUUAUAUGGGAUUUGAAGCGACCAAUUCCUAUGAAUAGGCUCUUGCAGGGUGACGUAGGAUGUGGGAAGACAGUGGUUGCUUUUCUGGCAUGCAUGGAAGUUAUAGGCACUGGAUGUCAGGCAGCUUUCAUGGUUCCGACUGAGUUACUUGCUAUUCAGCAUUAUGAACAUUUGCUUGGUUUGUUAGAGAGCAUGGAAGGGAUCGAGAAUAAACCUUCUGUUGCUUUACUAACAGGUUCUACCUCAUCAAAACAAUCACGGAUGAUUCGCGAGAGCCUCCAAACAGGAGAGACUUCUUUAGUUAUUGGAACUCAGAGUCUAAUAUCGGAAAAAGUGGAGUUCUCUGCUUUACGCAUUGCAGUUGUGGAUGAGCAGCAUCGUUUUGGUGUAGUUCAGAGAGGAAAGUUUAGCAGUAAGUUAUUCAACAACUCUUUAAGUUCAAAAAUUACCGUGGAGUGCUCUGAUGGAACCUCAAGUGGAGAUUUCUAUAUGGCUCCUCAUGUUCUUGCCAUGUCAGCCACUCCUAUUCCAAGAACGCUUGCUCUUGCAUUGUAUGGAGACGUGUCGCUGACUCAUAUAACUGAUUUGCCUCCUGGACGGGUACCAGUCAAAACAUAUUCAAUUGUGGGAGACGAUGAAGGCUUCGAGAAGGUUUAUGAGAUGAUGCUGGAUGAGUUAGAAAAAGGAGGGAAGGUGUAUCUCGUGUAUCCAGUGAUUGAGCAUUCCGAACAGCUACCUCAGCUUCGUGCCGCUUCAGAAAGUCUUCGAUCCAUUUCUUACAGGUUUCAGGACUAUAACUGUGGGUUGUUGCACGGGAAAAUGAAGAGUGAUGAGAAAGAGGUAGCUUUACGGAGAUUUCGAAAUGGACAGACACAGAUACUACUUUCUACCCAAGUGAUUGAGAUUGGAGUAGACGUUCCUGAUGCAUCAAUGAUGGUUGUUAUGAAUGCUGAGACGUUUGGAAUUGCUCAGCUCCAUCAACUAAGAGGACGAGUUGGACGUGGAAUGAAGAAGUCUAAAUGCAUUUUGGUGGCGUCUACUGCUAGCAGCUUAAGUCGCUUGAAGGUGUUGGAGAAUUCGUCAGAUGGUUUUCAUUUGGCAGAAAUUGAUCUUCUUUUACGUGGACCUGGUGAUUUGCUUGGUAAAAAACAGUCGGGACAUCUUCCAGAAUUUCCAAUUGCAAGAUUGGAGGUAGAUGGUAAUAUUUUGGAAGAUGCACAUCUUGCCGCUUUGAAAAUUUUAAGCAUCUCUCCUGAUUUGGAGCAGUUUCCUGCCCUGAAGAUUGAGCUUGGCAUGAGGCAGCCACUUUGUCUACUUGGUGAUUAGGUUUCUUUGAAAACUAACAUAUAUUUGCAUAUGUACAGAUUUGUGUAUCAGUCAGUUAAUUUGUAUCCAAGCAUCGGUAAAUAUAUUUAUGCAUUUACUAGUUUGAACUGUUUGACCAAUCAUUUUGAUGAUGUGAAUAAAAUAUUAAGUUAAAAUACCAUUUUGGUC